CCUCACAAAGCGCCAGGAAACGACGAAGAAGAAGAACCCGGACGUGAAGCGACGACAUCAUGGCGGCCCAAGCCGGGCUACCGGCGUUCCCGCCUGCCGCCACCCCGGCCGCCGCGCCUGUAUUCCCCGCAGUGGCUCUGUCAGCCGACGCCGCCCCGUUCAGCCCCCAAGGCGCCGGCGGCUGGCAGUCGGACGCCGAGCGACUCUUCUCCCGCUGUGCCGCCAAGCUGCGAGUGUUGCGGGCUGACUCUGCGCAGCUUCGGGAGGAACUCAACCUGCUUUUUGACCAACUUAUCUCACAAAACUUCAACAAAACUCUGGAGCCCAACAUCAACAUUCAACCCGAGGAUGUGUGUGCCUUGCUGAAGAACGCCAGCCGCCUGGUUGCGCUCAGUCAGGAACAUCUGGUGGUCAAACUCUGCAAGCUCGAGCAUCACCUCCUCAACCAGCUGAAGGUGAUCAUGGACGAGCAGACGCUGGACGUCUUGUUGAACUACGUCAUCAGAGCUCUGAAGGUGUGCAGCACCUGGACGCACCCCGGCGUCCUGCAGGCCCUCUCCACCGUCGUCUACGGGAACGGGCCCCAGUGUCACCAGCACCUCAGCGACCUGCUGGGCGAGGACGGAGUCCUGCUGCUCUACAGCGCCCCCACUCAGCCCGAUAUGGACCUACGCCACGUGGCCCUCACCUGCAUGGCCAACAUCUGUCUCAGGAUUCCCGGUCAGCCGCCGCUGGACGAGGAGCACAAGAGCGCGUGUUUCUCCGUCUUCCUGAGAACGCUGCAGGCGCCCAAACCCCCCGACACCGACGACCUCUUUUACUGCAUGGUGACUCAGUCGGCGCUGAAAGGACUUCACUGUUGUCUCUCUGGUGGCAAGUGGAAGUUUGGCGGCGGCAGCGAGGAGGUGGGAUCGGUGCUGGCCGCGCUGAAGAAGCUCAUGUUCCAAGGAGCUCCAGGCGUCAGCGGGGACUGGCCGUCCGUGCUUCACCCAGCUCCUCUUCCUCAGUACGAGAGCCCCUCCCCCCACAAGGCGGCGGAAGCACCGAAACCCGCGGAAGCGGCCAAGGGCGCCGCGGGGAAGGCGUCAACCGGGAACAACAAGAAGAGGAAGUCGAGGGGGAAGGCGAAGAAGACGAACGCGGAGGAGCGCGGACGGACGGAGGCGGACGAGGACGACGCGGAGGCGGCGCGGCCGGCCUCUCGCAAACCGGGGAGUGACGCGGAAUCCAAAUCUUCCAUUGUCUCGCUGUACCCCUCGUGGAAGCGGUGCACUUCUGACUCUGAGUUUUCCGACCCGGAAGGCAGCGCACACAGCAAGUUGAGGCUUUCUGACGCUCGCGUCCGCCAGGGGGCGCUGCACUGUCUGCUUGCCGUGGUCAAAUGUGUGGAGAAGCGUACUCUCUACGGCUACUGGUCCUCCUUCAUCCCGGACUCCCCUGUCGGAGGAGCGCCGCCUCUGACCCUGCUCACCAUCAUCCUCAAAGACCCGUCGCCAAAGGUGCGGGCAUGCGCUCUUCAGGCCUUGUCAGCCAUGCUGGACGGCUCCCGGCAGUUUCUCGCCGUGGCCGAAGACACGGCGUCGCCUCGGACCUCCUACACGCCGUUCUCCUUCACUCUGGCCACGGCCGUCCGAGAGCUGCACCGCGCUCUCAGCCUCGCUCUGAUGGCCGAAACGUCUCCUCAGACUCUCACGCAGGUCAUAAAGUGUUUGGCUCACCUGGUGUCCAACGCUCCCUACCAGCGUCUGAGGCCGGGCCUGCUGAGCUCGCUGUGGAAGCAGAUACGUCCCUACGUUCGCCACAGAGACGUCAACGUGCGCGUGUCGGCAUUGACGCUGUACGGCGCCCUGGUGACCGCUCAGGCGCCUCUCCCGGAAGUGCAGCUCCUCCUCCUGCAGCCGGAGGGCGGCGGCUCCGGGGGCGGCUCCUUCACGCCGCAAGACACCGCCCUCAGCUGGCGGAAGAGGGAGGCGCCCUCGCCGCGCACGCCCCGCACGCCUAAGGAGGCGGACGGCGGCCCGCCAUGGCUGCUGACGCUGUGCGCCUCGCUGGUGACGCAGCCCAGGGACGAGCACUCGGACAGCGAGGGGGGCGGGGCGGCGGUCUUGGAGCCGUCGCCCGUCCGACUGGAGGCCCUGCAGGUGCUGUCCCACCUGCUGCGAGGCUACAUCUCUCUGGCCCAAGGGAGCGUGUGCGAGAUCGGACAGCUCGGCGCCCGCUGCCUGGCCGAGAGCGACCCGUCGGUUCAGCUUCACGGAGCGAAGCUGCUGGAGGAGCUGGGAUCGGGAAUAAUCCAGCAGUACCGAGCAGAGAGCACCGUCCCAGAGAGCUCCCGAGUGCCCAUGAGUCAAGUGGUGCAGUUCUGGACGCAGGUGCUGAGCGGCCCGCUGAACGCGGCGCUGCAGAACGAGCAGCAUCCCACGCUGCAGACCAGCGCCUGCGACACGCUGGCCUCCAUCCUGCCGCACGCCUUCGCUCAGCUGCCCGACAAAACCCAGCUGAUGUGCAUCACCGUUCUGUUGGGCCUGACGUACAGCGACAACUACCUGGUGAAGACGGCCGCCGUCAGGGCCCUGGGCGUCUACGUGCUCUUCCCUUGUCUGAGAGAGGACUUGAUGUUCGUGGCCGACACCGCCAACGCCAUCCUCACCGCCCUCGACGACCGCUCCUCCAACGUGCGCGCCAAAGCCGCCUGGUCGCUGGGCAACCUGACCGACACGCUGAUCGUCAACAUGGACUGCGUGGGCGUGGACUUCCAGGAGGAAAUGUCCGACAUGUUGCUGCUGAAGAUGCUGCAGGCGGCCACGCGGGCGGCGGCCGACAAGGACAAGGUGAAGUGCAACGCCGUGCGAGCCCUCGGCAACCUGCUCCACUUCCUGCGCGACGGUCAGCUGAGCCGCGCUGCUUUCCGGCAGCCGCUAGAGGGCGCCGUGCGAGCCCUGGUCAAGACCGUGCAGUCCGUCGCCACCAUGAAGGUCCGAUGGAACGCCUGCUACGCCCUGGGGAACGCCUUCAGGAACCCCGCCCUGCCGCUCGACUCCGCCUCCUGGUCCGGCGACGCCUUCUCCGCCCUCUGCGACGUGGUCACGUCCUGCAAGAACUUCAAGGUGCGCAUCAAGUCGGCCGCCGCCCUCGCCAUGCCCGCCCACCGCCGCUGCUACGGCGACGCGGCGCGCUUCGGCGGCGUGUGGCGCUCGCUCGCCGCGGCGCUGGAGACCAGCGAGGACACGCAGGACUUCCUGGAGUACCGCUACAGCGCCAGCCUGCGCCACACGCUCUCCCAGGCGCUGCUGCACAUGCUCCACCUCAGCCUGCCGCAGGACCUGCCCGCCAUCGCCGCCUCGCUGGCCGGCGAGGAGGGGCGGGGCGUCCGGGCGCACCUGAUCAAGUACCUCCAAGCCGAGGGCGGAGCCGAGGGGGAGAAGGACGCGGGCGGGGACGCGCCCGACCCUCAGCAGAGAGUCCGGACUCUGCGGCAGACCGCCACCCGCCUCAAGACCAUGGAGGACCCCAGCAAAGACCUGCUGCUUGUCUUCUUGGAGAAUUUGCUGCAGGCCUGCGAGGAGCCAUGAGGUACUGAAGACCUUGAACGCACCGUGCCUUGAACAAAACACUCCUCUAAUUCAUUUUAUCACGUAGUUGUCCCAAUUAAAUGCCCGAUUAAAAAAAAAAUUAUGUUUUCGGAUACUUAAGCUGUGUUGUUCCACUGGAGCGAGCGUUUGGGAUGAGAGUGACCAAGAGGGCAGCAAAAACAGGUUUUUAUCAAUAAAUAGAACUAAAAGAGGAGCAGUCACUCACUAAAAGUACAAAUGACUUACAAACCCUGUUUCCAUAUGAGUUGGGAAAUGGUGUUAGAUGUAAAUAUAAACAGAAUACAAUGAUUUGCAAAUCCUUUUCAAGCCAUAUUCAGUUGAAUAUGCUACAAAGACAACAUAUUUCAUGUUCAAACUCAUAAACUUUUUUUGUUGUUGCAAAUAAUUAACUUAGAAUUUCAUGGCUGCAACACGUGCCAAAGUAGUUGGGAAAGGGCAUGUUCACCACUGUGUUACAUCACCUUUUCUUUUAACAACACUCAAUAAACGUUUGGGAACUGAGGAAACUAA